ACAUCUCCUUAAUGAACGAGCUGAAGCUGAACCAUUACCGCUUCUCCAUCUCCUGGCCCAGGAUCCUGCCCACUGGAAUCAAAUCGGACCACGUGAAUGAGAAGGGGAUUAAGUACUAUGAUGACUUGAUCAACCAGCUCCUGGAGAACAAGAUCACCCCCAUUGUUACUCUCUAUCACUGGGAUCUUCCUCAGGUCUUGCAGGAGAAAUACGGAGGAUGGCAGAACAUCAGCAUGGUCAGCUACUUCAACGACUUUGCCAACCUGUGCUUUGAGAGAUUUGGGAACCGGGUGAAAUACUGGAUCACUUUUAACAACCCGUGGUCAGUGGCAGUAGAGGGCUAUGAGACCGGAGAGCACGCUCCGGGCCUCAAGCUGAAAGGAAAUGGGGCUUAUAGGGCAGCCCACCACAUCAUUAAGGCGCAUGCAAAGAUCUGGCACACGUAUGACACCCAGUGGAGGAACAAACAAAAAGGUCUGGUGGGCAUCUCCCUCUCAGGGGACUGGGGAGAGCCUGUGGACAUCACCAGCCAGAAGGACAUAGAGGCGGCUGAGAGAUACGUCCAGUUCUACCUGGGCUGGUUUGCCACGCCCGUCUUUCAUGGGGACUACCCUCAAGUGAUGAAAGACUACAUUGGCAAGAAGAGUGCUCAGCAGGGCCUGGGGAACUCAAGGCUGCCCAGCUUCUCCGCCCAGGAGAAGAGCUACAUCAAGGGCACCUGCGACUUCCUGGGCAUCGGCCACUUCACCACCCGCUACAUCACGCAGAAGAACUACCCGUCCGGCCGCGGAACCACCUACUUCACCGACCGUGACUUGGCCGAGCUGGUGGACCCGCGCUGGCCCGACCCUGGGUCCGAGUGGCUGUACUCUGUCCCCUGGGGGUUCCGUCGCCUGCUCAAUUUCGUGAAGACCCAGUACGGGAACCCGAUGAUCUACGUGACGGAGAACGGAGUUUCGGAAAAGAUGAUGUGCACAGAGCUUUGCGAUGACUGGAGAAUACAAUACUUCAAGGACUACAUAAACGAGAUGCUGAAAGACCCCCUGACCAGUCACAUGGAGAUGGUGACGGAGAUCGUGGUCCCCACUGUGUGUACGCUGUGUAUCCUCCUCAGUGCGGUCUUCCUCAUGUUCCUACUGCGCAGACGCAACUAGCGACGCACUCAACUAUAGCGUGGUUAUUCAUUUCUCAGUGUGACACAAACACACCUGUACUGGGCCCUUCUGUUAAGUCUCAAUCACACACAGGAUCUGUGACGCUCAACCUGACUGAAGGUGUUAUGCUGAAAGGACUCUGACUUUAAAGCCGGUGCUUGUAGAUGUACAGUAAGUGUUACUUCUAUUUGACAAGAAGCAUUUUCUUCAAGUCCCAGUGUAUUGUGUUUUUUUAUUUUUUUUAUUUUGUAGAUUCAAAGAUUGGCAGCCAACAUCUUAAUGCUGUUCAGAAAUCAACAAGGAUGAAUUCAGGUUUGAUGUUUGAUGUGAAGUUAAUUAUAUUGGUUGCAUUAAUAGUCAAAUAUUGUUUUAACUGAAACAAAUGUACAGAAUCCUUACCACAUUUGCAAUCACAAUGAGCUACUACAUGCAUAUUUUUAUAAUCACACACUUCUUUAUACACAGUGGGGAAGCAAUUGUAGUGACAUGUGCUGUUUUAAGAUGGGAAAAAAGCUUUAAAUUCCA